ACAGAUAAACAACUCACGCGCUGCCAAACGACGCACAAACAUUUGAGACGUAGCAUAUUUUAGCCUUUGGCUAAUGGACACACUUUCCUGCGACUACGUUAACAUUCGUUGAAACUUUGGUCAAGCUUGAGCACAGUUUGUGCAUGUUGGGGCAGUGCAGUUGCAUGCUGAAUUUUCCAGUCCUGCCGUCAUGUCUGAGUGAACCUGAAGCAAACUUUCUAAAAUGGAUCAUCCAGAAGCUCUAACUGUGGAGCUCACUUGCCCCAUGUGCCUGCAGCUCUUCUCUGAUCCAGUUUCUCUUCCCUGUGGUCACAUCUACUGCUUUGCCUGCCUUCAGACCAUGUGGGAAGGCCUUGACCAACACAGCUGCCCUGAGUGCCAGGCAGACUAUCAGGGAACCAAAGCCCUUGUGAAAAGCUUGAAAAUGUGCAGCAUCAUGGAGUCCUACAAAGCCACUGCUGGGAAAGUCAACUCCCCUGCAAAUCCUCCUGACGUCGACCAUGCUAAAGAAGAAUCAAACACAAAAACAACCAAGGAGAGUUCAGGGUCUAAGGGAAAUUGUGGCUUUUCUAUUGGGUCUGGAUCCACAGGCCAUAGCAAAGGCAAGAUGGAAAUGGAUGAACCUAAAUUCAAAAUGGCAUCUCAAGUCACAGAGUUGAGCCUCAAGUUGGAGAUGGCAGAAACAGUGCUGGGGAAGGAGAAGGAGCGGGAGUUGGAGGUGAGCACUGCUAAUGGUCAGCUGAGAGAGAAAACAAGCAGACUUUUAGAGCAGAUAACAGAUUUAUCACAGAGAUACAGCGCACAGGUGCGUCAGCUGAUAGAAGAUGAGCUCGCUCCAGGUGAGUCCAGUGUAGGCAGUCGAGUCAGCCAAGCUUCUGAGAUGACAAAGCAGCUGAGGCUAGCGAUGCUCAGAGCAGAGUCCCUUCUGACUGAAGAUGACGAGGCUGCGUUUAGUGAGGAGCUUCAGACUCUACAACCGCACAUUGAGGAGUUAUUGGCCAAGCCUGUGGGAGAAGAGGAAGACUACAUUGAGUCAAAGGUCAACUCUGCAUGUGCCUGUCCCAAGCUUGAAGAGAUAAAUUCUCAGCUAAGGGAAAGAUUUGGAGAGAUCCAGCGCUCCAUUCGAAACACACUUAACCCCUCAGAGGUGACAUUUGACCCAGAAACAGCCCACCCCAACUUUGUCCUCUCAGAGGACUUAAAGACAGUGUCUUAUAGUGUUGCCAAACAGCCCUACCCAUCCUCUCCUCAGAGGUUCACUAACUUCCUCCAGGUCCUCAGCACCCAGAGCUUCUAUGAAGGUGAACACUGCUGGGAUGUGGAGCUUGAAGGAGCCCCGUGGAUCAUCGGCGUGUGCUACAGUGGGAAGCUGGCACGCAGCGGGUUGCCCUCUGCUCUGGAAAGCAGCCGGAGCUCCUGGUGUCUGAUGUGGUUCAACAACCUGCUGACAGCCUUCGAGCAGGGCCACAACGUGCCUCUGAAGAAGACCACGGUAUCACGUAAGCUAGAGAUCAGACUGAGUUUCAAGACCCACAGGCUGAGUUUCUACAACAUCAGCCCCUCCAGUGGGAAGACUCAUGUGUACACAUUCAAGGCUAACCUGACUGAACCGGUGCACAUAGCCUACAGGAUGAUGUCAGGGGAACCCAAAGGCCGUGUCACUAUUUAUUCAUAAUCAUACAUUUAUUCUUAGUAAAUGUGCUCCAUAGAGGGAAGAGGAAGUAAAUACAUUGUUGCGACUUCAUUUGUAUGACUAAUACAUUUAAACUAUUAAGUUAUGUCUUGAAAGAAAAAAAAGACUCUGAUCAGGUAUUAUUACUUCCUGAUCACCUACUUACUUAGGCCUAUCACUUUGGAUGCUUUGUGUGAUAAUAUAUAACUGAUUCCCAAGUAUACAUAGGCAUAUAAAAUACAAAUGUGACUGAAUAACUCAUUGCCUUGUGCCUAAAACAUAAUGUGCUCAAAAUGGUGUGUCAAUAAAUGUAAUUGUCUUGUCA